GUAUGCGAGACUUCGUUGGCACCACAUCGGCACCUGCAGCUGACCCCGCGUUGCCCCACCCCCACGCAAGAUGGCGGCGGGCCCGGGGGCGGUGUGCGGCUCUUCCCGGCAUGCCCCGCGGGGCCGCCGCGCUGCCUGGAGACGGGCGGGGGGGGCGGGAGGAUGCUGCGGCCGCGGGGCGAGGCGGCGGCGGGCGGAGGAUGCGGCGGCGGUGGCGGCAGCAGCAGCAGCAGGCGGAGGAGCGGGCGGCGAUGCGGUGCUGCGCGGGGCCCGGGCCGCGCGGCGGGGGCGCGCUGACCACGCUGCUGCUGACAGCUUUUUUGUUAAGCUCUGCUGAUGGCAGUAAUGGAACUGUUAACUGGAAGACUAAGCAAGCCAACAGUUAUAUUAUCAGCAGAAUAAAGGCUGUUGAGAAGAAUGGUGAAAUAAGCAAUGAUCCUAUAACAUUUAAUACCAACUUAAUGGGUUACCCUGACCGACCUGGAUGGCUCCGCUACAUACAAAGGACACCAUACAGCGAUGGAGUGCUGUAUGGUUCACCAACUGUAGAAAAUGUGGGCAAACCAACCAUCAUUGAGAUCACUGCAUAUAACAGGCGUACUUUUGAGACAGCAAGACAUAAUUUGAUCAUUAAUAUAAUGUCAGCAGAAGAUUUUCCAUUACCAUAUCAAGCGGAAUUCUUCAUAAGGAAUAUGAAUGUAGAAGAGAUGUUAGCAAGUGAAGUUCUUGGAGACUUUCUUGGAGCAGUGAAAAAUGUAUGGCAGCCAGAACGUUUGAAUGCUAUAAACAUUACUUCAGCACUAGACAGGGGAGGGAGAGUUCCACUUCCUAUUAAUGACAUGAAGGAGGGUGUGUAUGUUAUGGUUGGUGCAGAUGUUCCAUUCUCAUCAUGCUUACGGGAAGUGGAAAACCCACAGAAUCAACUGAGAUGCAGUCAAGAAAUGGAGCCUUCAAUAACGUGCGACAAAAAGUUUCGUACUCAAUUCCAUAUUGAUUGGUGUAAAAUCUCUCUGGUUGACAAUACAAAGCAAGUUUCCACCUUUCAGGAAGUGAUUCGUGGAGAGGGGAUACUGCCUGAUGGCGGGGAGUACAAGCCGCCUUCUGACACGCUGAAAAGCAGAGACUAUUACUCGGAUUUCCUAAUGACACUGGCGGUGCCCUCGGCAGUAGCACUGGUGCUCUUUCUAAUUCUUGCCUAUAUCAUGUGCUGCCGACGGGAAGGAGUGGAAAAGAGAAACAUGCAAACACCAGACAUCCAGUUGGUCCACCAUAGUGCUAUACAGAAAUCGACCAAAGAGCUCCGUGACAUGUCUAAAAACAGAGAGAUAGCUUGGCCUCUCUCAACACUGCCAGUGUUCCACCCAGUUACUGGUGAGAUCGUGCCACCCCUUCACCCAGACAACUACGACAAUACUAGUAUGCCACUGAUGCAAACACAGCAGAACCUGCCACAUCAAACUCAGAUUCCACAGCAGCAGAGUGCAGGUAAAUGGUAUUCCUGAGGAGCGGAAACUAACAGAAGCAAUGAAUUUGUGAUCAGAGAAAGCAGUAGUUGUCCUGUUUCUUUAUUUGUUCUGAUUGAUGCAUGAGUUUUCUGGUGUCUAUUGUGCAUGCCCACAGUAUUAAGCCGAUUCCAGUGCCAGAAAGUACAAUCACUUCCACGUAAUAAUGUACUGUAUCUUUUUGUACUUUGGACAUUUUUGACAAUUUGUAAACACUGAUAACUUUUUAUAUUUGUUACAUUAAGAAAAUA